CGGCGGGGCUGCUGGUGUCUUGUGGGGGCAGAGCCUCGGGGCUUCGCUCCGUGACAUCAGCCCUGCUGUGGUGCUGUGUGCAAAGCCUACUGGUUGGCGUGGCGAGGGACACGCCUUCCCCGAGCGGAACAAAACGGCGCGCAGACUGGGCGCACCCAGCCGUCGCUUCCGACAGUGCCUGCCGCCCGCGCCCGCCGCCGACCGCUGCCAGAAUGCCGAACUGGGGAGGAGGCAAGAAGUGCGGGGUGUGCCAGAAGACGGUCUACUUUGCAGAGGAGGUCCAGUGCGAGGGCAACAGCUUCCACAAGUCCUGCUUCCUGUGCAUGGUCUGCAAGAAGAAUCUGGACAGCACCACUGUGGCCGUGCAUGGGGAGGAGAUCUACUGCAAGUCCUGCUAUGGCAAGAAGUAUGGGCCAAAAGGCUACGGCUAUGGGCAGGGCGCAGGCACGCUGAGCACUGACAAGGGGGAGUCCCUGGGCAUCAAGCAUGAGGAAGCUCCUGGCCACAGACCUACCACCAACCCUAAUGCCUCCAAGUUUGCCCAGAAGAUUGGAGGCUCUGAGCGCUGUCCCCGAUGCAGCCAGGCAGUCUACGCGGCAGAGAAGGUGAUUGGUGCCGGGAAGUCUUGGCAUAAGUCCUGCUUCCGAUGUGCCAAGUGUGGCAAAGGGCUGGAGUCAACCACUCUGGCUGACAAGGAUGGUGAGAUAUACUGCAAAGGAUGCUAUGCUAAAAACUUCGGGCCCAAGGGCUUUGGCUUUGGACAAGGAGCUGGGGCCUUGGUCCACUCUGAGUGAGGUCACCACUGCCUGUCACACCCUGCCCACUCCUGAGCUUCUCAUCGCCAUCCCCUUCCCAGCAGCCUUGGGGACCUCCAGGAUUCUUUCUCACCCAGCCUAGCCGCACAUCACUAAUGACUUGAACUUGGGCCUCUGGCUCCCUUUGGUUGGGGGUCUGCCUGAGCUCCCGCCCCACUAAGGAGCUACCCCUGCCUGGCAUCUCACACUAUCACCAGUAGGAGAUGUCUGUCUUUAUAGUCUGUGUGGGACCAGAUCCUGUCUCCCUACACCUCUCUCCACAGACCUGGUCUUAACCUCUUAGGCUGAGCCUCCAUCUUCAUUGGCCAAGACACCUGGGCCACGUGGUGGUGCCCUAAGCAGCAGCAACAGGCCAGGAGGGAGAGGGAAACACGACCAAGAUGGAGAGGGGGAAGGCUGUGGUUUAUUUGACUCAGAGAUUCUCUUAGGGAAAGAGGGUGGGAUUCUUGGUGUUUCUCAGAAUAAGCCUAAGGAGUCCCAGCUCAGGGAGUCACUAUGAGGAGGCAAAGAGGCAUGCAGACAGGGUCAUGGCCACAAAAAGGAACCACUCAGUUCUCUAGGCCUCUUGCCUGUGAGUCUCUGUGGAACUGGAGUCCUCCCACCUGGGAUUGGAGGGUAACAACCCAGAUCCAAGGACCCCAAAGUCAGAACACCUUAAGCUUCUAGUUCCCUGUUCCAUGCGGGGCGGGGGGUUCCUAGAGAAAUACUUCCAACACACAUUCGCAGGAGCCAGUGGUCCAAAUAUCAGGGCAGCUAGAUCUGGCCCUAUUCGUGGAUCCUAAGGGUGCCGUGGGCGGCUCCUCCCCAUCCCAGCACAGCGCAGGCUAGCCCUCUGCUGUCACCAGGCCUGGUUGUUCAUCUGAUUGAAGGGAGGCAGACACAUCCUCAGCCUGUAUCCAACACCCUGUCCUUCUGUUUCCAGUCCUCAGGGCCUCCCCCAACCCAAGACCUGCCCCUUCCACACCACCCUUCUCCAGGGAUUCUUCUCUGGCCACAUCACCCAACCCUUCCAGAACCCCAGGUCAGGAACAGCAGAAAGAAGGGGGAGGGACCAGACUUUGCUGCUCCCAGUGACUGAAAGGACCACACUGUCUGCAGCACAGGCUGUAUUCAAGCUGAUUUCUUAUCUGGUUAAUAAAGCUGUUUAGAACAAAA